AUUCUCCACGUAGCAUUGUACAUAGCACCUAAUCAACGCUCCUCUUUGAGCCCUCGACCUCUUGCGUGUAGCGCUAUCGUGACAUGACGUGGUUGUAGAUCGAGUUUAUCUGGAUGAGCUGGGGUUUGGCAAAACAACGCAGAGAGAUCAGAUGAUAUUUGGAGCGUCAUCCGUCAUGGCUCGAAGUGGGAUAGGACAGAGCUAUUUUAUAGAAGGUAUACUAGCGUUGGGACCUCGCUAUGACGCAAACUCAACCCAUCCUACUGUUUGGGCGAAACUAGCGACCGCUCUGCCUCAGCCUGUCUUUGUGACCGAUUUAAGGUUCAAUGGCAGAGGUGAAUACACCUUCGGAACAAUCCCUUACCAUAAUAUGGAUGUCAGUUUUUGGGACGGAGAUAUCAACGAGCAAGACCUUUGGAGACUCCCCAUUACAUCAUACGCAAUUGGCGGACACGCGACUGAGAAGAAGAUAGCGAAAGCCUGUUUUGACGCCAUAGUGGACACCGGUUGCAGUUUCCUUCGUCUUCCGCCUUGCAUUGUACAAAGCUACUAUGCAAUGGUACCAGGUCAUAUUCAACGAGAUGGAGUGUAUCUCUUCCUGUCACGGUGACGAUGUAUCGGGCAUUUGAACGCGAGAUAGACAAGUAUCAGAUUCAAAGAAGGAUAACUACGUGCUAUUACCGUGGUUGGUUACAAGACGUUAAGAUGCCGAGUUGAAUUAGGGACGGGAGCCAGGCUAUAUACAGGACGAGAAAAGGGGCUCGCACAUAGCGCGUGGCCCUAACAGAAUCGGGAAUCAGGUGGCAGGCGCGUGGCGCACGCGUGCGCACGUAUGCGGGAACAAGGUGUCAGGGGAUUAAUGCUUAGAGGGAGGCUAUAAUCAAUACC